CAGACUGGAAACCUCACCAGCUUCUAUAAAAGCAUUGGGCAUCUCUGGAUAGUUCCUGAUCCUGCUGAGAAUAUUAACUUUACAUCAGACAACAUGAGAGCUCUGGUUCUGCUUGUGUGUUUGUCAGUAGGCUGCCUGGCUCAGAAACCACAACCAUGCUCGUCUCCAGCACUGAUGUCAGGAAGCCUCUCUGUGUCUGCCCAAAAUGACAGGCUGGCCCUGGCCAAGUAUACCUAUGAUGAGGUCGGACAACGCAUCAGUCUCCGAGAGUUAGGAACCUUUGGCAAUAAAACCUUCUUCCACCUGGACAUUCUUCUGCUGUACCAAGAGGGUAUCAUGUACAGGAUCAACAGGAAGGCUGGUACAUGUGUACAGAAGCACCUGAGUGAAGGCUUCCACCCUUUGGCGGUUCCAAAGGACGCCACCUUAGUGGGUCAGUAUGUUCUGGGCAGCUCUUCAGUUCCAGGUGAGGGAGUCCUGGUCAACACUUGGGCUGGGAAGCUGCAGAUGAGAAAAGGAACAGCAGAGUACAUGACCACUGUGACAGAGUUUGGGUGUCUUCCUGUCAGCACCAUGUUCUGCAAGAACAACGAAAGAUGGGUGGUGGUCAGCUUCUUCGACAACGUUGCUGGAAUGGCAGACCCCCAGGAUUUCAUUCCCCCACCGUUCUGUAAUGAUGACCGGCUGGAGGAAGAGGAGGAAGAGAAUCUUACAGCCUUCAUCAGCUUGUUUUGA